AUGCCCAAACCGCUGGGGCCCACUGGCUUCGGCGAACGCGAAUUGGCACGAAAAAAGGCCGAGAGAGCGAAGGAAAAUUACAAGCGAAAACACGAUGGUGACAACAACGACAAUGACAACAGCACGACGGCAAAAUUGAAGAAAAGCAAACAAAAUUUCCAAGCCGCCGCAAAGAGCAAAUCGUCUGUUGCCUCCUCCGCUGGCAGCAAAAAUAAUGCCGAAAUAGUUGGCUUUUGCGAUAUCUGCUGCAUGAAUGAAAAAUACAAGCAAGAGCAAGGCUUGGUCAUGUGGAAAUGUCGAACGUGUGGCGUUUGUGUCCAUGGCCAUUGCUACGCUGGACUCGACGAUCCUAGAAAGAGCUCGCCAAUGCCUGACUUUGAGUGUAAAGCGUGCGAGUCUGUCGGAAAGUCGUUCAAAGUGCGAGAAAUUCAGCCGUUUACUGGAGAGCGGUUGGUGGUAUCACAAGAUGAGCGUCCACGUGAAUGUUGCUUGUGCUCUGUGGAGGAUGGAAUAAGAGCCAUGCAUCCUGUCUAUGACCAUCAUGGACCCAAGGGACGCCAGAUUUACCUGCCAGCAAAUCCAGAAGAAGGGAGACCACGACGCUUGGCGUGGUGUCACACAAUGUGCGCCCAGUUGUCUUCUCGCUCGGUGUGCAUUUUUGCUUGCCUGGAGGAUGGAUCUUAUGAUGCCGGCGAUGAAGAGGAAAACGAUCUAUUGCCCGACGACGAAUCGGAUAACUCUGACCUGGAUCGUGAGGAGGACGAAGACCAGGGGAUUGGCCAUUGGGUUUAUUGGGGAUACUUGCAUCGGCAACUUGGGAAAGAAAAGACGCAUGGAGAUGACUGGACCAAAGAGAUGCACAACCAAAAGAUGAAAACUGGGAACUGUAUCUUCUGCGGCAAAGACGACAAAAAAAUGGUCGAUUUGAAUGGCCACAAUGUGUAUCAGUCGCUUCGAGUUCCUCUCCAAUGCAGCGCCAACAAUGUAGAAGCGGGUCGGCGGGAACUCUUCAAAUUCCGAAAAACCCAUCGGGUUGACGAACCUUGCAGUCAGCCACUACAUCCUGGGUGUGCCAUGUGGGGUCGCAACGACGAUGGUGAAUACAGCAGAGCACGACGUGCCUGGUUUCUUCCUGGAAUGACUGGCGAUCAAGACGAUGUGAUGGAAUGCUAUUGUGACAUGCAUGCUCUUGAUCUGUUCAAAUCGAACCAGGAAGGAUGUGAUAUGGAAAAGAAAGUCCCUGGGCCAUUUGCAACUAUUGUGGGGUCGCCAACGAAGAAAAAAUCCCCAACGUCACGCAAUGCAAUCCGGUUGCUUGAUUCCGAUUCGGAGUCCGAUGAGGAACGAGGGCAGUAUAUUAGACAAGUACCACGACGUCGGUUGGGCCAAGCAGGGCGUACUAAAGUGACAGCACGUGAACCAAAGGCUACAAGCAAAGCAAUCUCAAAGAAGGCAGCAAGUUCGGGUAAGCACGAAAAGGCCAAGACCAGAGUGGUACCAAAGAAGAACAAGAAGAAUACUGUCGACCCUCUGGCUGGUAAUAAUCUAGUCAUUGAGGCCGACACAAACCAGAGACGACUGCAACAACGACAAACAGCAGGAGAUGCCAAGCAGAUCAUGAAGAAGAAGCAUGGAAGGCUUGUGGAAAAGCGAAACAGCAACACUGCAACGGAUCGUACUGUGGCUUCAGCAAAGGAAAGUGCUGGAGAAGUUGAUGUCGAUGACUUUGCCUUUGCGCAAAGACUGCUGAAAACAUUGUGGAAACUCAAAGAGAAAUGUGAAGCCAAUGGAAAAGCUUGGGAUGCAACUGUCACUGCUGGGGUCCGAGUGAAGCAACUGAAGGAAUACAUGCAAAAUGGCGAACGAGAAGCCUUUCGGAAAAUCUGGGAACACGUCAUGAAGGCGGUAAACAAUGGCAUUCGAAAACUCACAGUAGGAGAAGACGACGAAGAGGAAGAGCUCAGUGACAAGCACCGUCGAAAGAAGGCCUCGCGACAGCAGAUUGUCGAGUCCGACGAUGAGGAUGAAUUCCAUGCAGUCCACCGAAAGAAGCAGAAGCCUGCGAAGAAGGCCUCGCGACAGCAGAUUGUCGAGUCCGACGAUGAGGAUGAAUCCCACGCAGUCCGCCAAAAGAAGCAGAAGCCUGCGAAGAAGGCGUCGCGACAGCAGAUUGUCGAGUCCGACAACGAAGACAAUCACGUCUCUUUGCACCCGCAAGACUCUGCCGUGUUGGAAGAGAUGUCAUCCCAAGGCAAACCAAAGGCUCGUGCUGUAUCCAAUGGACCAGAUCAAGAGACCACCAACGAGUCCCAACAGCAGGAAUCUAGUGUACCGGACAAACGCCGGUCCACCCAGGCCAACACCAACGCUGGUACUAGUACCCAGGACUCUGUCGAAGACGACAAACUGCCGGACAGCUGGGAGGCAAUUGCAAUUAGUAUAGCCAACGACAUUGGGGCGAAACUCCAGCAAAAAUUUUCGACAGACACAGAUACCAUCACGGAUGAGAGAACACAAGAGGUAACACAAAUCCUCAAGGAUAGUAGAAAACGCUGGCGAAAAAUCUGUAGUCUCCCUAUAAGGAGCGACUACAACACUGUUUGGAAACGGUCGGCGGCAUUGCUAGAAGCAAAAUUUGAGUGGUUGACAAUCAAUUCGUCAAGAAGCAACCAACAACCAGCUGAGAACAGAGCAGAAACAGAUGAGGCUGCAAGCGCAACCUCGGGAAGAAAUGGCUCAGCAAGUCUCCAGGCUGCUGAGAAUGCCAACGAAGCUGACGCUGCAGAAGCCUCCACUAUACAUGCCUCAUCUGUACAUGGGUCUGAAGCUGCUUCGAACAAUGCCUCCAAUUGUACCGGUCGCUACCAAAGUGCCCACUCGUCCGAAGGUGGAAUUGUUGAAGACGGGCACGACAUGACAACUGUUCAAGCCAGUCCUCAAGGUCAUUCGGAUCCAUCAGGACAGUCACAUCGAGAGCCUGGUUCUGCACUGGAACUGAACCAGGAGAAUCACCAACUCCCACAGAUGGGUCAAGUGCACCCCCCGCCUCCCAAUCCCUGGGCGCAUCUGUUCUAUGGCCCUCCCUACUACAAGAAGGCAGGAUACAUAUUUGGUGAAUGGGAUUCGUAUGAGGUCAAAGAAGUUGAAGUGAACGAGGCCGGUGAAAUUGUAGACUCCUAG